AGAAUCCGCUCCCAGAACAUCGUGCCCUGCACCGUGUCGCAGUUGCUGGCAGCCGAGCAGGUCGACGAGACCUUCCGGAUUCGCGACGUGGAGAUCUCCCAGGUCACCAUUAUGGGGAUAAUUCGGCACGCAGAGAAAGCACCAACAAACAUUCUCUACAAAGUGGACGACAUGACAGCAGCCCCGAUGGAUGUCAGGCAGUGGGUUGAUACUGAUGAGGCAGGUGGCGAGAAUGUUGUGGUACCUCCAGGAACUUACGUAAAAGUAGCUGGUCAUCUUCGGUCUUUCCAGAAUAAGAAAAGCUUGGUGGCGUUUAAGAUAAUGCCUCUGGAAAAUAUGAAUGAGUUCACCACACACAUACUAGAGAUUGUCAAUGCGCAUAUGAUCCUCAGAAAAAAUCUUAUGUCAGCAUCAAGAGUGCCUCAGUCGUUUUCCUCCGCUGGGAUCAGUGAUAUGGGGGGCUAUGGAGGAGGUGGCAGCCUACCAGUGAAUGGACUCACAGCGCAUCAGAGUCAGGUGCUGAACCUGAUUAAAAACUGCCCUGUCCCAGAAGGUAUGAGUCUUCAAGAGUUAAAACUGCAGCUCCACAAUAUGAGCAUGUCAACAAUCAAGCAAGCAGUUGAAUUCCUUAGCAGCGAGGGACACAUCUACUCCACUGUGGAUGAUGAUCACUAUAAGUCAACGGAUGCUGAGUGAAGGUACUGGAUCUAGUUCUAAGCAGAUGCUUGUCCGUGUAUCGAGUUAUCCUGCCGAGCUUUGUGAUGUGGAAGGUGAUCUUUGCUCUUUGUAGCCUGUGAAAGUCCCAGUUACUCUGUGAGUGCCU